CAGGAAGUGAAUUUAAAGAAAUGAGUAAUCCAGGAACUCGAACUGAUACCAGUUGCGGCGGGCAGGACCGAAGAGAAUACAGUCUAAACUUUUUGAAUGUUGGACACGCGGAAACGAAGAAGACAUGUUAAUAAAGGAAUUCCGAAUUGUCCUGCCCAUUUCUGUUGAGGAGUAUCAGGUGGGCCAACUGUACUCCGUAGCAGAAGCUAGUAAGAAUGAGACUGGAGGUGGAGAAGGGGUGGAGGUCCUUAAAAAUGAGCCCUACGAGAAGGAUGAUGGAGAGAAGGGACAGUAUACGCACAAGAUCUACCACUUACAGAGUAAAGUUCCGACUUUUGUACGGUUGCUGGCCCCAUCAUCUGCUAUGAGGAUCCAUGAGAAAGCCUGGAAUGCCUUCCCAUACUGUCGCACAGUUCUUACGAAUGAGUACAUGAAGGACAAUUUUCUAGUCAUGAUUGAAACAUGGCACAAGCCUGACCUCGGUGAACAGGAAAAUGUUCAUAAACUUGACCCAGAACAUUGGAAGAAGGUAGAGGUAGUAAAUAUUGACAUUGCUGACAGGUCUCAAGUGGAUACUAAAGACUACAAACCAGAUGAAGACCCAGCCAUAUUUAAAUCACAGAAGACUGAAAGAGGGCCAUUAGGACCUGACUGGAAGAAAGAGCUUCCUCAGAAGACAGAUUGCCCUCAUAUGUGUGCCUAUAAACUGGUUACUGUCAAAUUCAAGUGGUUUGGCUUGCAGAACAAGGUGGAAGGAUUCAUCCAGAAGCAAGAGAAGCGACUGUUUACCAACUUCCACAGGCAGCUCUUCUGCUGGUUAGACAAAUGGAUCGAGCUGACAAUGGAGGACAUUCGUCGUAUGGAAAAGGAGACACAGAAAGAACUUGAUAAUAUGCGAGAAAAGGACCCAGUAAAAGGCAUGUCUGCUGCGGAUGAAUAAGGUGCUGUCUAAACAGCAGCAGUUUUGGAAAGAGUCGUUGCAGUGUAAUGGGCUGCACUCUCUCUCCUCAAGCUUCACUCCAGUAUAGGUUCUCUGUUCUCCACAGCUGUACCCAGGAGGUCUGGCAACACAAUGCUAAACCUCAAAGGUUGUUUCUUACACUAAUAUUUUCUUCAGCCCACUGUGAGUCCAUGUCUGCUAGCUUUUAUUUUUAAAGUGUCUCCAUAUAUAUGUGUUUACCUGUUUUCUGUCAUUUGCCUUUUGUUAAAAAAGUUGAAGAACAUCAGCACUUAACUGCUUUGAAUUUACCCUCACUUCUUGUGUCACCAGCAUGUUAACAUGUUUCUCUAUCAGGCAUUUCCACUCUUGGCAUGUAUGUGUUUUAAAAUUCUUACAUAAUGAAACUACCUUUUAUGAGACUUAACCAUAUGUUUAUCGUAUUAGAGGGUUACAGCUCAGUCACACUUUUCUCAGGACUUUUGGUAAAUUUGAAAGUACUGAAUCUUAAUAGUGUGAUAUUAGCAGGUUAACGAUAAUCAAUUAAACCAUGUUUACAAUAAUAUAUGGGGGUUCAAUAACAUUUCGGGUAAAAAUCAUUUUGAAGUUAUGAGUGUUAAUCAUGAACUGAAUGGUUUCAAUGGUAUUUGCAUGUUCUGUUCUACUUUGUCCUUUGGAAUAAUAAACACACUGUGUGUUUACUGAAUUUGGAUACAUUGUAAAACUCAUUUAUUAAAUCUGAAUCAUGAUCUUAAAUGGAUGGUAUUAAAAAUAAUUUAUAUU